AUGGCUUUGAUCAAGAGCAAAUCCUUCCUCACUUUCUUGCUGAUUGUUUUGGCUCUUUUUGGACGUUCCGUCGGAGGAACCGUUCACAACGUCGGCGACUCGAACGGAUGGACGAUGAUGGGUGUCGAUUACGAAGCCUGGGCUUCAUCAAAAACUUUUAAAGUCGGAGACUCUUUGGUCUUUGAAUACAACAACGGGGACCACGACGUCACUGAGGUCACUACCCAUGAUUUCGAGCUAUGCGAUCCGUCUAAACCGCUAGCCAGAUACGAAUCCGGUUCUGACACAAUCACUCUAACCAAACCGGGAUUCCACCACUUCAUAUGCGGUGUUCCUGGUCACUGCAACGUAGGACAGAAGCUUGACAUCCUCGUCUUACCGGCCUCGUUAGGUCCUGUCGCUGCUCCGGUUCCUAGGUCGGUCCGAUCACCAAGAUACUCCUCGUCUCCUUCUCCGGCUAACGCUCCACAGUCUCAGCAUCAGAUGGCUCCAUCACCUCUUCAAAGCGGUGCCUCGAAGUCAGCUUCAUGGAUCGGCCUCAGCUGCUUAUUGGCUUUGAUCUUAGCAUUCUGA